GUAUUCACAUGCACACUGUCAAGUCACCAACCCACUCACCCAACUCCAAACCCGGAUCUCCCAUCCACGACACAACAGAUUAACACACAGCCGGCCGCCAAUGUCCGUGAUGGCGCGCAGCCUGACCUCCCGCUGCAGCAGCAGCAGGGCCGCCGCGUCCGCGUCCUCUUCUUCCUCCCAGAUCCCGCGUAUAUAUACCCGCCCUCUUUCCCGCCCAUCGCUCCUCGUAUCCGCAUCAGUCCCCCCGUCGCCUCUUCGCCUCCUGAUCCCCAAUCUUCCUCCUCGGUGCGGGAGCAGGCGUUCGUUCACGACUCUUGCGGCGGCCAAGGGGUCGUCGUCUCUGCAGCCGUUGAGCAGGCCCCGGAGCAAGAGAGAGGGGGAAGAGGAGAUGACGAUCGAGUCCUCCGUGAAGCUCGAUGGCGGGGUGCUGUCGGUCAACGGGCGCACGGUGCUGUCCGGCGUCCCCGACGCGGUGGCGGCGUCGUCCGCGGCGGCGAGGGGCCCCGUCGACGGCGUCUUCCUCGGCACCCACUUCGCCGGGCCGGCAUCCCGCCACGUCGUCUCCCUCGGCGCCAUGAGGGGCGUGCGGUUCAUGGCGUGCUUCCGGUUCAAGAUGUGGUGGAUGGCGCAGAGGAUGGGGAGCAAAGGCGGGGACGUCCCCCACGAGACGCAGUUCCUGCUGGUGGAGUCCAAGGCCGCCGCCGGCGACGACGAAGACGAAGCGUCGUACGUCGUGUUCCUCCCGCUCGUGGAGGGCGCGUUCAGGGCCAGCCUCCAGGGCGGCGUGGGCGACGAGCUCGAGCUCUGCGUCGAGAGCGGCGACGCCGGAACGCGGUCCGCGUCCUUCGAGAGAGCGCUCUUCGUGGGAGCCGCCAAGUCCGACCCGUUCGCGGCCAUCGCCGGCGCCGUGGCCGCCGCCAGGUCCCGCCUCGGGACCUUCCGCACGCGCGCCGAGAAGAAGAUCCCCGCCAUCGUCGACUACUUCGGUUGGUGCACCUGGGACGCGUUUUACCAGGAGGUGACCCAGGAGGGCGUCGAGGCCGGGCUCCGGAGCCUCGCCGCGGGCGGCGCCCCGCCCAAGUUCGUCAUCAUCGACGACGGCUGGCAGUCCGUGGCCACCGACGACGCCAAGGGCACGCUGGCCCGGCUCACCGGCAUCAAGGAGAACGGUAAGUUCCAGAGCGGCGUCCAUGGCGGCGGGAUCGAGACGGUUGUCCGCGCGGCCAAGGAGAAGCACGGGCUCAAGUACGUGUACGUGUGGCACGCCAUCACCGGCUACUGGGGCGGCGUGCGGCCCGGCGUCCCCGCCAUGGAUGCCUACCGGUCCACGAUGCAGUUCCCGGAGAUCUCCCCUGGCGUGGCGGAGAACGAGCCCGGGAUGAAGACGGACGUGCUGACGCUGCAGGGCCUCGGCCUCGUGCACCCGGACGCCGUGCACCGGUUCUACGACGAGCUCCACGCGUACCUCGCCGCCGCCGGCGUCGACGGCGUCAAGGUCGACGUGCAGUCCGUCCUCGAGACCCUCGGCGCCGGCCACGGCGGCCGCGCCCGGCUCACGUCCAAGUACCACCGCGCCCUCGACGCCUCCGUGGCCAAGCACUUCCCCGGCAACGGCAUCAUCGCCUGCAUGAGCCACAACACCGACUCCCUCUACUGCGCGAAGCAGACGGCGUUGGUGAGGGCGUCGGACGACUUCUUCCCGAGGGAGGCCGAAUCGCACACGAUCCACGUGGCGGCGGUGGCGUACAACAGCGUGUUCCUGGGGGAGUUCAUGCUGCCGGACUGGGACAUGUUCCACUCGCUGCACGCCGCCGGGGAGUACCACGGCUCGGCGCGCGCCAUCAGCGGCGGGCCCGUCUACGUCAGCGACGCGCCGGGGAAGCACGACUUCGCGCUGCUGAGGAAGAUGGUGCUCCCCGACGGCACCGUGCUCCGGGCGCGGCUGCCGGGCCGGCCCACCAGGGACUGCCUCUUCGCCGACCCGGCCCGCGACGGGGUCUCCCUGCUCAAGAUCUGGAACGUGAACCGCUUCACCGGCGUCCUCGGGGUGUACAACUGCCAGGGCGCCGCUUGGAGCUCCGCGGAGAAGAAGAACGUCUUCCACGAUGAGACAGGCGGCGAGGGGGCGGCGCCGCUGACCUGCGGCGUCAGGGGGCGGGACGUGCACCUCAUCUCCGAGGCGGCGACCGACGGCGAGUGGAACGGCGACUGCGCCGUGUACCGCCACGGCGAAGGCGGCGAGCUCGUCGUCCUCCCCGACGGCGCCGCACUGCCAGUUUCCCUCAGGGUCCUCGAGCACGCCGUGCUCACCGUGUCGCCCAUCAAGGAUCUGGCGGCCGGGGUGAGGUUCGCGCCGGUAGGCCUCGUCGACAUGUUCAACGGCGGCGCGGCAGUGGAAGGGCUCAGCUACCACAUCCUCCCCGGCGGCGACGGCGACGAGGCGGUCGGGCUGGUGCGCAUGGAGGUGCGAGGCUGCGGGAGGCUGGGCGCCUACUCGUCGGUCCGGCCGAGGAAAUGCACGCUGGGCUCAGCUCCGGUGGAAUUCUCCUAUGACUCCUCCUCCGGCCUCGUGAUCCUCGAUCUGGAGUCCAUGCCCGCGGAAAGGGUCCACGAGAUCGCCGCUGAGCUCUAGGAUUAUCAUUAGGCUAUCAAAGAAGUACUUUAGCACCUCCCGGUUCGAUCGAUGCACACGCCGUAGCAGCAUAUAAAUAGAACAUCAUAUAGAUCAUAAUGUACUCCCGUUUUAUUGUAUCCACUGUGACGAGACUGCCAUUAGCACGAUGAUGAUACUCUCUCCGUUUCAAAAUACUUAUCGUGGUUUUAGUGCAAGUAUUAUAUAGGGGAUGGGGAUCAAGAAGAAUAUUAUGAUUUGGGUUUUAA